AUGCUCAGCGGUGGCACCAAGGUUUACAGCGAGGUCGAAGGCAUGCAGCUACUCUUGCAGUACCAGGUGAUGAACGCGGGCAACUGCAAGGUCCUGCUGCACCCCCAGUGGGGCUCCGCCGUUUACCCAGCGAGUUUGUUCUGUACGGCCCCAUCAGACUUGGUGCAGCGCCUCCUGGAUGAGAGACUGGUCCCGCGACCAGCACCGGAGCCUGCAUGA